AUGGAAUCCUCCAAAGUCCCCGUCAAGCUCGUCAAAGUGACCCGAGUCCUCGGCCGAACCGGUUCUCGUGGUGGUGUCACGCAGGUGCGCGUUGAGUUUAUGGACGAUACUACUCGUUCCAUCAUCCGCAAUGUCAAGGGCCCAGGUAUGCAGAGAAUUGAGAUUGCGCUUCUCUCGAAACGAGCCGAGAGUUGUUGCGUGAAGAUGACAUUCUGUGCCUGUUAG